AUAAAUUAAAUACAUUCACUGGAUCAUGGCCACAGAAACAGCAAGUGAGACACUAAAGCAACAAUUUUUACUGCUGCAAGAACAGCAACAACAAAAACUGUUAAGACGUAAACAAAGAAAAGAAGAGAAAGAGAAGGAGAAAUCAAGCCUCACUAGUAGAACAAGCUCAUCGGUAGCAUUUGGGGUAGAAGAUAACUUAGACCUUAAGUUAGCUGAUCCCACUGCCAAAUCUAGUUUUGUCUCAGAAGAGCUUGUGGACCACCUUAAUGACCAAAUUAGAGAACUGAAAGAUGAGAAUGCAAGGGUUUACAAGCUCCUCAGUGAGAAAGAUUUUGAAGUUCGUCAAAUUAAAAAGAAGCGAGAAGACCAAGCAAGAGUUUCAGGAGCUGUUACUAAUGAAACAGCUGCAACAAAAAUUGUGGAAUUAUCCAAAAAGGUCCGAGAUCUGAAUGCUGAAUUAGAAUCAGAGAGAACUAAAUCUAGGCAAUAUGGCAAAAAAUGCAUGGAUCUACAGACUCAGCUGAAUAAAAUACCUGAAGAUACUAGGUCAAUGAUAAGUUCAGCGACCAGCCGGUCCACAUUAGAGGAUAAGCCAGAUGAUUCUGUAGAUAUGAAGGCUUUACAAGACAAAUUAAAAUAUGCUGAAAACAAAAUGGCUGAAUUCAGAAACCAGACCUCCGUACUAAAACAGGAACUCAAAAUGGUUCAUAAGGUGCUAAGUCAGGAGCUGGGAGACAAUGUUAACAUUCAGUCACUACUGAACAGCCAGAGCAACUGGAAAGGAAGGGCUCAACAAAUUAUGAUGCUACAAAAGAAGGUUGAUGAGCUAAAGGCAGAAAUUUCUACAAAAAAGCCACAGAAAGAGAAAGAGUAUGAUCUGGAGGCUGAGAUGCUGGGGACUGGAAAUAGUUCUGCUCGACAGAGAACGGCCAUAGAGAAGCACAGAGAACAGCUGAGAAAGAUCGAGAAAGAGAGGAAGGAAUCUCAGGAAAAAGCUGCCAACGAGCUCAAGGCAUUAGAAGAAGAACAUGCAGCAUUAAAGAAGAAGUUUGAUGCUGCCAGAACUAGAAAUAGUGUGCUAGCAAAUCAAAACAAGGGCAUAAAAGAGCAGAUGAAGACAUUGUUGGAUAAAGGACACCAUGAUGAUGAACUUAUUCAGGCUUUGAUGAAACAACAGAGCCAUCUACAGCAAUUGUUGGAGCAGACUGCCAAUCAGCAAAAAGAAACAUCACAGAAGUCACAAAACGAAAUUAAACAAAUGUCCAUGAAAACCCAACAGGACAGUAAUGUGGUGGAACAACUCAAGGCCAUUGUUGCUGAAAAAGAAGCCAAAGUUCACAGGCUAGAAGAUGAGAUUCAGCAACUUAAACUCAAUCAUCUACAGAGAGCUCAGAUGGAGUCGGCAAAUAUGCUUUUCCAGCCAGCAGGACAAAGACCACCCUCCUCAGCUCAGGUGACCCAGAGGGAUUCCAGACCUGCAACAGCUGAAAAUGGGGACAUCCAGCUGGACUUCCAGUUAGAUCCACACACCCCAUCAAGUUCAAGAAUGAGUGAUAAACCUCCAGUCAUAAACAGUGCACUGGACCGGUGUCCCUCUGUCACCAGUACAGUAGACACAGCACGUCCACCAUCCAGAAAAAUGGACAACAAUACAGCAGAGGUGACCAGGAGUGCCUCUAGGAAAGGAACCAUACGCACACCUUCAUUUCACAUGAGUAAUACUGAUAAACAAGCCAUGGCUGAACUCCAGGCCCAAUGUCAGGAAUACAAGACUAUAUAUCAGGUGGCUCAGGUGGAAAGAGAUAAACUAUCGGAACUAGUCAAGGUGUUAGAAAAGAGGAAUGAGGAAGCUUCCCAAAAAUAUUUAGAAUGUCAGAAUGAACUUGUCCAACAGAGACGCAAGAAUGCUCUGCUUGAAAAACAGGUCGGCAAAAGUAAAAUAGAUCAGACUGGAACAAAAGGGGGAAGUGCUGCAGUUGGAAAGAAAAAGGUGCUUGGAAACAGGGCUAGCAGCAUGACAAAUGUGUCAGUGUCAGCCAGUUUUUCUGCAGGUUUGACAAAUGAAGAGAACGAAUUUGAAGAUUAUGAGGAAAUAAAAACGAAUCUGGAGAUUCAGAGGGAUGAAAAUGAAGCUCUGAAAGCAGCCUUACAAAGUACUCUUAAGGCAAAAGAAGAGGAUCUCCGAAUGUUUGGAGAAAUGAUGGAAGAGACAAAGCAAGUGUUUCUACAGGCACUGAGACAGUACAAACAAAAUGCACAAGGAACAUAGUCUUAAUAAUUAGGAAUUUUAUUUAUUUGUUGACAUUAUUUAAAGACUGUUUUGACAUUGUGCUCAAGUUGUUGUAAAUAAAGUAAUGUAUACUUGUGCAUCAUCGUUGGAUACACACGAGUGAUCUCGUCUUUUAGUCAUUGCCCGUGGUCAAACACGCUGAAAUAUUGUCGUAUGUAAUUAAUAUGUGCAUUUCAUUUGAUUAGCUGCUCCACAGAGUCGCGAUGGCAAAUCAACAAAUUAAAGUUUACGUUACGUAUGUAUGUUUGGCGAUGACUAAAACUUUUCCGUAGUUAACACAUGGAUUGCAAUUAAAUCCACUCACCAGUGCAUUUCGCUGUUUGAGAAAGGUACUCCCAUAUAAUUUCUUACUGGCAUUUGAUAUAAGUGACCUGUAAAAUUUGUCUUAAAUUGUUUUAAAACAAAGUUUGCACCUUUUAACGAGCGUCAAGACAUUAAGCAUAAAAAGCAAACUAUUCAACAUAUUUUCAAAAUUGAAGAGUUCCAAUUUUCUGAUUGGCUGUCUAUAAUCAACAAAUUAGCAUAUUUUACAACGAUUAUUUUGGCGAGUUUGCCCAUGGGUGAUGGGUAAAAGACGAGAUCAUCCAUGGGUAUGUGACUAUGCUUGUGUAUGUAUUGUAAGGUUUAUUAAAUUAACAACAGGAGUCCUAAA